AUAUCGCAGACUGUGAGACCAUUAGCAGCAGCAGCAGCAGUAGCAGCGAGCGAAGAGAUUACAUUAGUGGUGUAUAAUAGGGGAUCAUCGCGUAUAAUUUCGCCCAAGGUUUUCCUUCCUUCCAAUUCGUUUCAAUUGCAAAAGUGCAUUUACUGGCCGUGGUGAAGUGUAGCGAUCAAUCUGUGUAUGCGCUAAAUAAGCCUGCUGUUAUUUGGAAUUAAGGCAUCUCCGAGUCGAGACGAUUUGUUUUGGGUGUUGACGAAAGAAAACAGAAGUUGCUAAACCAAAAUGCAGGCCAUCAAGUGUGUUGUGGUUGGAGAUGGUGCCGUGGGUAAAACCUGUCUGCUGAUCAGUUACACGACCAACGCGUUCCCAGGAGAGUACAUUCCGACCGUUUUCGACAAUUACUCGGCCAAUGUGAUGGUGGAUGGAAAACCGAUCAAUUUGGGCCUGUGGGAUACCGCCGGACAGGAAGAUUACGAUCGGCUGCGGCCACUGUCAUAUCCCCAGACGGACGUGUUUCUCAUAUGCUUCUCGCUGGUCAAUCCAGCAUCGUUCGAGAAUGUACGAGCGAAGUGGUAUCCGGAAGUGCGUCAUCAUUGUCCGAACAUACCGAUCAUUUUGGUCGGGACGAAACUCGAUCUCCGAGAUGACAAAAACACCGUGGACAAGCUGCGUGACAAAAAACUUUCUCCGAUCACCUAUCCCCAGGGACUGGCCAUGGCUAAGGAAAUCGGUGCGGUGAAGUAUUUGGAGUGUUCUGCUCUGACCCAGAAGGGUCUCAAAACGGUUUUCGACGAGGCGAUCCGAGCCGUCCUCUGUCCCAUCAUACCGGUGAAAAACAAACGUAAAUGUUCCAUUCUCUAAGCAUGAAAGUUCCGGUCCAAGUAUAUUCCUCCCAUUUGCAAACCGUCGCAGCAAACAGAUUAUCCUUUGAAAAUAUCCCACUAAAAUUGUCCUUCCUCUGCAAUCAACACACAAACAAACAAAACAAAACAUUCGUUUGACUGCUUCCCCUCUGUCUCUGUGCGAAGAUGAACAUAAAAAAGGCAGCAAUUUCUCGCAUUUUUUGAACAUUAAGUAAAUUGUAAAGUAAAUUGUUGACCGUGACCAUUGGCUGUAGGGUCAGAUUCAAUGAAAACCAAUAGAGUAAAGUAGCUAUUAGAGAAGAUACAAACAAAAGUGUAAUAAUCGGUCGCGGAAAGGAAAAGCCAAGUUGAAACCGAGAAAAAAUGCCGAAGCUGAGAUGAACAUCCGCAGUAGCAAUAGUCGUAAACAGCAGUAGCAGUGCCCGUGGAAGAAGAUACAACAUUUUGAGACCAGCCCACGAAUGAUUGCAGCAGCGACAGUUUGUACAUAGAUACACACUCAGAGACAGAGAGAGUGAAAACGAGGUUGAUUAAAUGGAAAGAUUCACCGUUAUUUAAAGGCACACACAGACCAAAAAACCGCACUCUAAGCAAAGUGAAAAAUAGAAGAUAUAGCUUACUACAACGGCGCACUUUGUGCGCUCUCACUCUCUUCUUUGUUGAUUCUAUUUCCGCCACCCACCUUUGUCCCAUAGUGGUUCCUCGACUGCACAAAUCACGACCGGGGAACAAACCAUGAAGACGAUGCCAGUCUCCAACAGUCACGUAAGCACACGAAGAUUUGAAACUGAGAACAGUUUUGUACAAUCCAAAAAGGUGACCGUCAUUUUCUGUUGAUUAUUUUUUUUUAUUUUUUACUGGCACACGGGGCGGGAUUCUGGAAAUUUGGCGUUCAAAACUAGGAGGGGUGAAUUUACGAAUGUGAGGAAUGAAACCGCGUGACUGCGAAUGUGAGGGAAGAAAUAAUUACUAUGAUCAAAACAAGUAACUGUUUUAGAAGCCAACAGAUCCAAAACGAUGAGCGAUUUGAUAGAUGUUUAUUUUGUUUUCUUUUUGCGCUUUUGUGCGUUACAAAAGUGAAGAUAUUUAGUUUGUUUAGUUUGAUUUUUCGAAACGAAAAGUAAAAAAAAAGGGAAAAAGGAAAAUUUGUACCGAAUCGAAGGGGGAAAGAAGAGGAUAGGGAAAAAUAUCAACGGGAUGGAAGCAUUGUCUUGUCUAGUGUAAAGUUUGUUUUACAGCUAAUCCAUUAAUCAAAGAAGCGUGUAAGGAUAGAAGUUCUACUAAACGAAGCAACGUAACGCUAGCAGAAAAGAAGCAUAAUUAAACACAGAUUAACACACACACACACGAACACACACUCACAUAGUAUAUACGUUUACUGUAGUGAUUACUGAUUAAAUGUUGUAACUUGAGAUUCUUCUGUUCUAGCAGUGUUAAUUUCUAAAGUGAAUGUUUAACCACUUAUUUGGGGAACUUUAUUUUGUGUAGCGCAAUUGACGCUGCUGUAAAGGAGAGAAGCAAACAAUUGAUCAAAACAUACGAACGAAUCGUUUUUCGUUUUGAUUUCCUUCUUGAAAUGCGAGAGAGAGAGAUAUUGUAUCCUUUGUCGAAGUACAGACCCUAAUUCGGCCCUUAGAUGUUUUAACAGGAUGAAAAGAUAACGAAGAAUUAAAAAAAAAUGUUUACAGAACCUGUCGUGUAUUAGUAACAAGAGAUGAUGGAUAAAUUUAUUGAUAUAACAUUUUUAAUGAGUAUAAAUAUUACUAUUAUUAUUAAAUAAUAAUUAAACACAGAUAAUAAAAGUCAGAGAGAAAAAAAACAGCCCACGAAGAAAAG